AUGGCUUUCUGUCCUGCAUUUACUUCCAGCCUCAAGAAUAAACUCGAAAAACUGGAUGUCAAGUUCGCUGAUUUCGAUGGUGUCGUUUAUCACAUAUCAAAUCCCAACGGUGACCGUGCCGUGAUUAUGCUUAGCAUAUCACUGAAAUUUUACAGAGAGCUACAAGAGCACGGAGCUGACGAAUUAUUACAUCGUGAAUACGGCAAAUAUUUGUGUGCAACACCAGAAUCAAAUUACAAUGUUUCACUGACCUACAAUUUAAACGAACUGCCGAAUGAUUACUCGUUGAUUGUUAGCCAAGCUUCACAUUUAAAGCGAAAUUGUUUUGCAUCAGUUUUCGAAAAAUAUUUCAAUUUUCAAUCGCAAGGUUUAACCGGAGCACAACGAGCUAUAAUCCAUUACCGAGACGACGAGACUUUGUAUGUAGAAACAAAAGCUGAUCGAGUUACUGUUAUAUUUAGUACAAUAUUCCGCGAUCCAGAUGAUGUAGUCAUUGGAAAACUGUUUUUACAGGAAUUCCGAGAAGGACGAAAGGCAUCGCAGACAUCACCUGCAGUACUUUAUACAGUAGGCGAACCACCACUUGAAUUACGUGACUGUCCUGACGCUCGCGUUGGCGAUAAUGUUGGCUACAUCACUUUCGUAUUAUUCCCACGACACACGAAUGUACAGGCACGUGAUAAUACAAUCAAUUUGAUACAUACAUUUCGUGAUUAUCUUCACUAUCACAUUAAAUGUUCGAAGGCAUACAUGCAUUCAAGAAUGCGGGCUAGGACGAAUGACUUCCUCAAAAUUUUAAACCGAGCACGACCGGAAGGACGUGUAGAGAAAAAAACGUUCUCGUAUAGGGCGCAGCUUCCAGCCAGUAUAGAAGAUAGGACGAUGUAA